ACCUGCUUCAUCAAAAUGAUUAUGGAACCGCCCAACAUUAUUAUGACUUUCAUUUCUGACAUUAUUGUUUUUUUUUCUCGAUUCUUGAUAUCAAAUUAUCAAUAUUAAUAUUUCUUCUCCAUUAUGAUUAAAAAGGUAAUACAGCUAUGUGUUUCUAACCCACGUUCACUUAGCUUGCUAAUCUUAAGAAAAAUGUUAAGUAAAAUGCAACGGAUGAUGAUAUUUAACAGUGAGAAAGAGGUGUGAGCCCAUAUAUUUACAGUCAACGAUCAAUAGAGAGAGAGAGAGAGAGAUAAAAGAGUGUGGUGUAGCUAAGCAUUCAUAAUAGGACAUGAAUGAUCUUGAAAUAAAAAUCCCCUUAAUCUUCAACAUAUAUUAAUGGUAGUGUGAGUUCAGUGAGACUACUAGUAAGAUCAUCUCCAUCGCUGGUUUAUAAGGGGUUCAUAACGAAGCCUCUUACCCGCUUUUGAUUAAAAAAAUAAUAUAAUUAAGUGAGAUGGUUAGAGGUGCCUCUUAAAUAACAAUUUUAAGGGGUGAACUCUAAAAUACGUGGCAUCUGCUUUUCCCCUAGUUUCGUUGAGUGAAGAAAAAAAUUGGUUAUUCGACGCGAUAGAAAAAAAAAAAACACAGAGAAGGCGAUUCGGGAGCGUCUUUGUUCUAAGGUAAAUCAAUACGAAAAUCGAUUCUUCUAGUUGUUUAGCCGUCGAUUUAUGGAUUGGUACUUGUUCGAUGUUGUUUUCCUGUGAUUGAUUAACAAAUCGAUUUAGGGAUCGAGUUGAAAUAAGGGUUUUCGUCAGGGUUCAAAGACGAUUUGGGAUUUGGGGCGUUCGUCUUCAUAACCGCUUGAUUUCGAUUAGAUUAGGUAUUCAAAUCGAUAGAGGGUUCGUUUUCAAAUUAGGUUUUCAAAUUAGAUUUUGGAAUUGGUGCUUUCGUCUUUGUUUAUUUCUUGUUAAUGCCCCAAUCUGUUUUCGACAGCAUUGGAGGUUAGCUCAUGGAUCCUAAUGAAGAGAGGAGAUCUAUGAAGGCGCUUAAGGCCCACUUCGAUACCCUGCAUUUUGUAACAGACUCGAUGCAAGGAAUUCAAGAACGGUGUGCAUGUGGGCAACGCUUAGUUCGCGAGAGAGCUCCAGCAGAAGUGUUUGACUACCUACCAGGGAAGAGAUUCUUCACCUGCAAGGAGUACAAAGAUGAUGGGAUGCAUUACAGGCAGCCGUGGGUCUGUGCAGUCGAGGAAGAGCUAGGUUUCAUGAAAACGAGGGUGGAAAAAUGUGAAGAGUAUAAAUCCCUGGUGGUGAAGCUGGAAGUCGAGAAUCAGGAGUUGAAAGCAGAGGUGGAGAAGCUCAUAGCCCGAGUGUCUCAGCUUGAGUAUGCGCAUAAGGUUUUUGAUGACAUUAUCUAUGGUCGAGCUCCAAGAGUUGAAUUCACCGUCAACGGUCACAAGUAUAAUAGGGCCUACUACCUCACCGACGGUAUAUAUCCAAAGUGGCCUACCUUUAUCCAAUCCAUCUCUAUUCCUCAAGGUCCAAAGGACGUGUUAUUUGCAGAACGUCAAGAAGCCGCCAGAAAAGAUGUCGAGCGUGCAUUUGGAGUCUUGCAAACUCGUUUUGCAAUUUGGAAGAAGAACGAGAUGGAUACAUUCGAUACGAUAUAUCCGAAUUCGUUGAAGGAGAAACAAGCAGAAGUUCAGAGGUAG